AUGCUUUGCUUGAGGAGAGUUCAUCUCUUUCUUCUCUUUUUUGUUUCUUUGAUUUGGUUAUGUUCUUCUUCUGAUUCUCUUCAAGAAAGGUUUUUGGAGUGCUUCAAUUCUACAUCUUAUUCAAAGCAUUCAAUUCCAAUUUCUGAAGUGGUUUUCACAAACGAAAGUGCUUCUUUCUCCUCUCUCCUGCAGCUUUCCAUUAGAAAUCUUAGAUUUCUCACCACUACCAUGCCUAAACCACUGUUUUUGGUGACCCCAUUUCAUGAAUCCCAUGUCCAAGCAGCCAUUGUUUGUGCUAGGAAGAAGGGUUUGCAAGUUCGAGUACGAAGUGGAGGACAUGACUACGAAGGUCUCUCUUAUGUAUCAUCACAAGCUCCAUUCAUCGUAAUUGAUCUCAUCAACCUUCACUCCAUAACUAUUGACAUCGAAACCGAAACAACCUCAGUCGAAACCGGUGCCACACUCGGUGAGUUAUACUACAAAAUUGCAGAGAAAAGCCCCAUCCAUGGCUUUCCAGCAGGAAGCUGCCCCACAGUGGGAGUGGGAGGGCAUGUAAGUGGAGGAGGCUUUGGAACCCUUUUCAGAAAAUAUGGUCUUGCAGCUGAUAAUGUAAUUGAUGCUAAAAUUGUUGACUUUAAUGGAAGAAUUAUGGAUAGAAACUCCAUGGGAGAAGACCUUUUUUGGGCCAUUAGAGGAGGUGGAGGAGCAAGCUUUGGAGUUAUUUUAUCAUGGAAACUCAAACUAGUUUCUGUUCCUUCAAUUGUCACUGUCUUCAAUGUGCAAAGAACUCUAGAACAAGGAGCAACUCACCUUUUCCAAAAAUGGCAAACAAUUGCUCACAAACUUGAUCAAGAUAUUUUCCUUCAUGUCACUACAAAAGUAAUUACCAAUUUUAGUUCCAAAAAAACAAUUAGACUUUCAUUUACAUCAUUGUUUCUUGGACCAAUUGAAAGGCUUAUCCCAAUAAUGAAGACUCAUUUUUCAGAAUUGGGAUUGAAGAGAAAUGAUUGCACUGAAAUGAGUUGGAUUCAAUCAGUUCUGUUCUUUGCUGACUUCUCAAUAGAAACCCCACUUGAAGUUUUGAUGGAAAGAUCAUCACCUCCAAUUUCUGAUGCAUUUUUCACAGCAAAGUCUGAUUAUGUUACAUCACCAAUUUCACAAAAUGGGUUGGAAGGGCUUUGGACUAAGCUUCUAGAGGAAGAAAAAUCUGAAUUGAUUUUGACACCAUAUGGAGGAAAAAUGAGCCAAAUUUCUGAAUCACAAACCCCUUUUCCACAUAGAAGAGGGAGCAUUUUUGGAAUUCAAUAUUUGGCAACUUGGGAUAAUGCUAAUGAAACUGAGAAGCAUUUGAGUUGGAUAAGGGAGGUUUACACUUAUAUGGAACCCUAUGUUUCCAAGUCUCCAAGAGCUGCUUAUUUGAAUUAUAGGGAUCUUGAUUUGGGAAGAAACUAUAGGAAAAAUACAAGCUAUGAGGAGGCAAAAGUGUGGGGUUUGAAGUAUUUUAGUGAUAAUUUUGAGAGAUUAGUGAGGGUGAAGACCAAAGUUGAUCCUUUAAACUUCUUUUGGAAUGAACAGAGCAUUCCCCUUCUCUAUCAUUAUGAAGAUGACACAAGAAUUUCAAAGGUUCACUCAGGCUUGGACUUUGAAAUUGUUCAAGAAAGAUGA